AUGCGGCCCACGGGUAUCCGCCGGCGUCAGCAUCACCCACCGCCUUACUCUGGCCAGGCACGACAUUAUUACUCCAACGGCUCGUGGUACAAUCCAUACGCUGCUAGAGAAUCCUGCUACUCCGACUUCGUCCCUUGUACAUACGACGAACGCACCUUGCUCACUCGCCUCUACAAGUAUGCGCGUGACUUCCUCGCCCAGACGAACGGCACUUUCUUACAGCGGAGUCCUCUCUCCAACGCCAGUGGCAGUAGUGGCAGUAGUGGCGACGGCCACUCCACCUCUGAUAUUGAGAUGAUAACCUCCUCUCCCUCGCCAACGAUCCACGCCAGCAGCACCACAUCAUGUUCUCCACGAUCUUCCUACGAUGGAACAUUUCGCUUUCCCUCCUCACACUCCCCACGUCCGUUCAUUAAACCGCCUUCGCCAGCAGCUUUUCCACGGCACGUCUCUCAGUCGCCUACGGUGACCGCAAACCCGCAUAAAAGAUAUCUAUCCACACCUUCCACAAAGAAUGCUACAGUAGAUGCAGGUACACAAUACUCUCCUCCCUCCGCGCCAAUGCCCGAUCCUCCCAGAAAGGCGGGCAAGCGGCGUGGUACUCCCAGUCCACCACGACCAGCACUGCCACCACCGGAGCCCGCUUUGGAACCGCAACUGCCGUCCAAGCGUGCUGCUGAAGCCGUCGCAGAUCCACAAAUUGCUUCGGUAUCCUCAACUACACUUGCGAAAUCUUCUUCGUCCUCACAAGGCUCCUCACCAAAACGUGCCCGCCACCUCAGACCCAGGGUGAAGCUCAUGCCGUUGCAGUAUGAAACCUGCGAUGUGAAAGAUCUGGUACUUCUGAUUAGCAACAUGCUCCUCGAGCUAAUCAAAUUCAAUGACGAAAUCCCACUGAAAGAUGGCCGGCUGACCAGAUUCCACUCUCGAGCCCCUCCCGGCAUUGGCGUCAAAGACUAUUUACAACGACUGACGACACACGCUACGCUCUCCCCACCAAUAUUGUUGAGUAUGGUAUACUAUAUCGACCGCUUAUGCGCCCUCUACCCCGCUUUUACUAUUUCAUCCCUUACAGUCCAUCGAUUCCUCAUCACAAGCGCUACGGUAGCAAGCAAAGGGCUUAGCGACAGUUUCUGGACAAACAACACAUAUGCUCGAGUAGGCGGUGUGAGUUUGAAGGAAUUGGCCUUGCUGGAACUGGAGUUCUUGUGGAGGGUGGAGUGGAGGAUUGUACCGAAGCCGGAGGUGCUGGUCGACUACUAUCGAAGCUUGGUCGAAAGGAGUGAGGGAUUCAAGAUCGAGGAAGAGUCGGCGAGCGAUAAAUCCUCGUCCAAAUCCUCGUCAAGUGAAGAAGAGAUGGAUGUCGUGGACAAAAAGGAGGACAAGGAGAAAGGCGAAGAGGAAGCUCAGAAAUGA